GCACACACAUCGCUAAACGCCAUGCAGGGGACAUGCUUUCAAGAGGUAGGCUUCAGAGGAGCUGUGGUAACGGAUUUAAAAUAUGGCUUUCAAACAGAUGUUUGAUGAAUUCAUAACCAAAGCUGCAUUACACACGGUGAUGGAACGCUUUCCACAGGACUACAAAAGAGCUAGUGAUGAAGGCAAGAUCAAGGAAUUGCGGAAGGCAACGGAAUUUACGAUUGUCGAGGUGAAUCAGAUGUUAGAUGCUAGAGAGAAAGGGUACAAGCUGAAGGAUGUCUUGGCACAGUUACCAGGUGAUAGAAUCAAUGGGAUGGUGAGGGCACUUGGAAAGAAAACAUUUGAAAUGACAACUGACGGUCAGGUUGUCAAAGUGACCAGAGACGGUGCAAUGUUUCUGCCCGACAUCAGUUUAACUUGUUUGAACUCGAACCGUAACAAAGCGAGUAAAUUACAAAUAGCCAGUAUUGUUGUAGAAUGCGUGAUCCUCAUCCUCGAGCUCAUCGGAGUUGAUAUUCCUGAUGACGAAGAAGAGGUGAAAAAGGCCAUCCAAAUCGCUUUGGAUGCCCUUGACAAGAGCAAAACGCUCAUUAAUGAUGUUGACAAAAUACAGAAAGAUUAUGAAAAUGGCGACUAUCCAGCAAUGGCGAAAGAUAUUUUCGUGCUUGUUGUUGAUAGUUUCCAUGAGGGUGUCUUCUGGGAUAUAACCAAAGCCUUAUUGUCUGACAUGCCGUGGUAUGAUUGGAUCAUCACCUCUGCACAAAUUGCAGCUUUCAUUGCUAUGCUGGUUGCUACAGAAGGAGUGGCAGAGAUAGCAGAGUUAGUGGCAGAGUUAGCCGAUGCUGCAUUCUUCCUGGAGAAGCUGGCAAACUUGGCAAAUUUGAAGGAAAUGGAAAUGAAAACAAAGUGGGAUUGCCAAUGUUGCGAUUUAUUGAGAUUCAAUCUGAUCAGACAAAAGCUUCCCAUAUUUUUCAAAUCUACGAAAAGUUGAAUAUUUUAUAUUUCAUUAAAAAAAGUAGGACAUCCAUGACAUUGUCUUUCCAUGUCAUCCAUUGUGUGCAAAUAAGCAAAACCUUUAAAACUUUAUUUUUGCAUCCAACUUUUCAUGAUUACGCUUGUGUAAUUAUUAUUUAAAGAACUUAUUAGGGUAAGGGGAAAGUACAGCCCCUUUAUUAUAGUAUAUAUAAUCGUGAUAAGAUUCUAACAAAAAAAAUUAUAUCAGCAUUACUUGAAGAAAAAAUGUAUUGUGUCAUGUGUUGUAAAUAAAACCUUACCUUAAGAUAUAAUGAUUUGUACUUCCUAGUAUAUAUCUUGGUAACAUGAUAUUUUAAGAGCUUGUUGUGGGUUUUGGUAUUUCGGUAAACGAAAGAAGAAAAUGAAAUUGUCUGAUGAUUCAAUUGCUGCAACGAAUUUUAUUCAAAGGCAGCAAAAAUUUGUUUUUAUACUAAUGACUUCGAAACACAUAUUCAUAUCUUUUGUCGACGUGCGAAAACCUUAUCUCCAUUUGAAUCUAGUUAACCGUACUCACCAAAGUGCAUCAAUUGCAAACGAUAAAACAGUGAAUCAAUAUUAGCUUUUCGCAUGUUGAAAUAUUAUACUUAUAUGAUAGCAAGCUACUUGUUUGGGUUUUUAAAAUGUAUUUUGGGGGUCUUUCCAACAAGGUUGUGGAAAUUAUAUUUUAACAAUGUGAAAAUAUAAUGACAUGCCAUGUGUAUAUACGCUUUCUUUGCAUACAGGAUUUAAAUUGAAUGAGCGGUGUGAUUCUCUUAUGUUUGACAUUGGUGUGUAAAACCAUGAGUUUCUGUUUAUUUGUUGUGAUAAUUAUUUCUAUGUUGAUCAAUGGAAAUCGGAAGAAAAAAUGGCAUAUUACCAAUUAGAUGCACGAGUGUUUUCAAGCAUGAUUUUAUUGCUACAAAUAUUUUGUUUGUAAAUAGGCCUACACUUUUUUUCAUGUAAAUUGUAAUUUCUUAAUCGUAGAGCUACUUGUGUGUGUGUGUGUGUAUUUGAGUUUUGUCAGACGUGUAUCAAUCAGAUAUAAUUAUUUACGUCUGGGACCGACCUUUAACGUCACCAUCCGAAAGACGUGACCAGGGCUCGAACCUCUGCAUCAAUUUGUAACUUCCCCACAUAGCUUGGAUUACAGGCGCACGACACAACGCCCAGUUAUAUUAAUUUACCUUUAAAUUCUUUUUACUUCAACUAUUUAAUUUUUAUAAGCCUAGUUAGAUUUUUUUACAUCGCUAUGGUUCGUAAUAAUGAUAGUCAGUUUUUUGUAUAAGACAUAACAAAUAUGUCUCUAUGCACUUCAGAAAAUGAAGGAAAGGAAGAGAUGUGUUGGCGAAUUCACUUUGUUGGGGUUAGGUGCAAUUUAAACAAGUAGGUUUUGAGGGCUGCUUUGAAUUUGUUAACUGAAUCGAUUCUUUUUAGGGAAAUUGGGAGCUUGUUCCAUAAGAUAGGGGCUGCAUGAGCAAAUGAACGUUCAUCACAUGUUUUUGUUUUGUUUUUUUAUUGGAGGAACGAUUAAUGAAUACUUACUUUGUGAAUGUAAAUUACGUGUUGGCUUUUACACAGUGACUAAAUCAUUUAAGUAUGAAGGAGCAAGUCCAUAUAUAAAAACAUCAUAUACUAAUAACAAAAUCUUAAAUUGGAUUCGAAAUUGGACGGGUAACCAAUGUUAUCACAUUCCCUUUUUUUCGAGUAGCGAGCCGUGCUGUAGAAUUUUUUAUAGUUUGGAGUCUUUGAAUUUGGUUGUUGAGAACACUGCAAAUUUUCAUAUUUUCAUAAUAUCGAAGAAAAGGAUACAAAGAACAUAAGAACUAAUCGUCUCAUUAGACAUGUCGGAAAUAAAUAUGAAUUUGUCUUUUUGCAUAUAACACACCACUGUAAUGUUUGAGAAAAAGGAAAAUGAAUACAACUUAAAUAAUGAUGUAUAUAAAAUUGAUAAAAAUGUAUUUGAUAAUUGAUAUCAUAAAUAAAACUAUCUAGAGUAUAAUCUUUCUC